AAAAGAAAAUUCCAGCAGGUGCAGUCAAACCAGUCCGCCUCUGGCAACAGGCGCCCAGCGCCGCCGGCGCCGCCCACAUGGCAAGCCACCCGGCGGCGCGGGCCCCGCCCUGCCUGAUCCAUCACAUCACAUCACAGCCAGAAGAUCGGUAUGCGACGUACGGGCGAAUGGACGGAGUGGCGCGCUCGCAGUUCCUCGUGCUCCCGACCCAUCCGCCACGGAUUCCAAAGCGGAUAUAGCAACGCGUAGCGGCACAACCGACCCGGCGUCGCCACGCGAGUCCGCGACUCGUCUCGUCGUUUCCCUUCCCCUCGGACCCAAGCCCCCGCACCACCAGAUCCCACCCGCUCCGCAAAUCAUCGCCACGCCUGACCUCGGAUCAAGGCGGCACUCCGCUUAAUCGCGGCCGGUUCGAGAUCGCUGAUUUCUCCCCCGGGUGGCUCGGCUUCGGCUCCUUCCCUUCCUCCCUCCCGGCGCGGGUCCCCUCGGCGGUCUCGCGGGUUUGCGUGGGUCACUGGGUCCUGGUUGUGAAGGCCAAAAGGCAAGGAAAAGAAGGCUUCGGUCUCAGGUCUGGGUCAAGCCAUGGUGGAGAGGUCGCUGCUGGAGGUGCUGGCCACGGCGGCGCAGGGAGGCACCACGGGGACGUCGGUGCUGGACAUGCUCAAGUACGCCAUGCUGCCCAUCGCCAAGGUGUUCACCGUCUGCUUCAUGGGGUUCCUUAUGGCCUCCAAGUACAUCAACAUUCUCCAGCCCAACGGCCGCAAGCUUCUCAACGGGCUUGUGUUUUCACUUCUGCUUCCUUGCCUUAUAUUUUCCCAAUUGGGUCGAUCAAUUACAUUUGAAAAGAUGAUACAAUGGUGGUAUAUUCCAGUAAAUAUUGUUGUAGGUGCAGUGUCUGGCUCUUUGAUUGGCUUUGUUGUGGCAUCUAUCAUCCGCCCCCCUUAUCCAUACUUCAAGUUCACUAUUAUCCAUAUAGGAAUAGGAAAUAUUGGAAAUAUACCUCUGGUCCUCAUUGCAGCAUUAUGUCGGGAUCCAUCUAAUCCGUUUGGUGACUCCGAUAAAUGCAACCAAGAUGGAAAUGCGUAUAUCUCAUUUGGUCAGUGGGUUGGUGCAAUUAUUGUUUACACAUAUGUGUUCAAGAUGCUUGCUCCACCACCAGGACAAACCUUUGAUGGCUCUGAAGAAGAUGAACUUCCAAUCAAGGCAUCUGGAGAGAAUGAUGUGCCCCAGCUAGGCAAAUAUCCUUCAAACACUCUCACAAGUACUGUACCAGAGGAUGAGCCUUUGUUAUCUGCUGAGGAAGUUCAAAAAGAAUGUGGUACUUCUGUAGGAUCAAAGAUAAUGGACCAUGUUAAAUGCGUGGUUAAAUUCCUAAAAGACAAGCAGCUCCUCCAACCACCAAUUGUUGCAUCUGCUUUCGCAAUUGUCAUUGGUGUUGUCCCAUUACUGAAGAAUUUUGUGCUUACGGAUGAUGCGCCUCUGUUCUUUUUCACAGACAGCUGCCUCAUUCUUGGGGAAGCUAUGAUCCCAUGCAUUUUACUGGCUGUUGGGGGCAAUCUUGUUGAUGGUCCUGGUGAAGGAAGUAAGAGGCUUGGCGUGCGUACCACCGUUGCUAUAAUUUUUGCACGGUUGGUCUUGGUCCCACUUGCUGGGGUUGGCAUUCUCUUGUUAGUUGAUAAACUUGGUUUCAUUCCAAAAGAUGACAAAAUGUUCAAGUUUGUCAUACUACUGCAGCAUUCUAUGCCCACAUCAGUGCUGUCAGGUGCUGUUGCAAACCUUAGAGGGUGUGGAAAAGAAUCUGCUGCCAUCUUGUUCUGGGUUCACAUUUUUGCCAUAUUCUCCAUGGCAGGAUGGAUCAUUCUCUAUUUGAGCAUGCUCUUCUAAGUAUGUCGCUCCCUUACGUAGCAGCUUCCUGCUCGCAUUUGCACCAGUGCAGAUAUAACAGCAAUUUCAUGCUACUGAAAGUUACUUUGAUCGGAUAUUUGGCCAAUUGAUCUGCAGAUACCUCACUGCACAGGAAGAUCUUUGAAAGAAAAUAUCAUCCGAAGUGUCGACAACGAAAAUAGUACAUGACCUGUACAAUAGCCACAAUCAUGGUGAGAGCUUCACUGCAUCAGAGGUACGAGUUGUAUCACUACAGAUAUACGGUCUCUCCAAGGCUAUGAUAACUGUGGUCUCCUCCCGCUGCUGCAAGCAGUGAGCAAUGAGAAGAUGGCACAACGUUGUUACCCUGCCUCUAUAUUGUCACACCGAACCCUUCAGGUUGUGAUGCCAUGUUCUUCCUAUCAAUAUGUAGUGCCUUUUUUCCUCCCCCAAAUAAUGUAGUGCCUCAUGAUAUUGAUGCUUCAAUUCUCUGCUUUGUUCAAGUGUAUUUGUUGAGAUGUCUAUGUUGAGAGCUCGUGUUCAAAUAAUAAGGUAUAGUUUUUAAA